CACAGGCAAACCGAGAUCACGAGAACCAAGAAGAAUAUGAAAAUGGCCAUCAAGAUGCUCUCCAUUCUUUUCCUCUUCCUCUUCACCUUCACGCUCGCCGUCCCCUCCCAGGAAGCAUGCGUUCUCCUCGCAGCCUACACCCAGAACCAACUGACCAACAUCUUCCCCCUCCUCCAAUACAUGGCCAGCUCCCUCGAGGUGUCGAAUGAGCCCCGCGACCUAAUCAGUCCCCGGCAGUCCCAGUCGCAGGAACUCACCAACUACCUCAACGCGCUCUCCGACGCACUCACCCAAAUCGGUAUCGCGACGGGUUCGGCGUCCGAGCAGUUCCUCACAGAGAUCACGCAGGCGUGCGGAGAUAGCGCCUCUAGCCAGCAGAGCGAACUCGUGGAUCUCGAGGUCCGCCAGGAUAAGGCUCCCCUUGUGCAUCAGGUGUAUGCCUCUCUUUCCGUCGUCAUAAACAACUCACGUCGCCAUCACGACGGGCUCGCUGGCUUGCUUGGCGGGUUGUUGGACUCAGUUGGGAAUUUGUUGGGGGACCUUUUGGACGCUGUUGGCGAUCUGCUUGAUGGGCUUCUGUAG